CAUCCUGCUCUUCCUUCCCUUUUUCCUUCCUGCUCUUCCUACUACGCAUAAACUAUGCAAAAGGUGGAGGGGGCAGGAGUUGUCGCAUCCGCUGGCGAGUGGUGACCGGAUCGGGCUGCAUCGAACUUGGUCGUUUUUAUCGAAUCUCCCCAGUAGUGCAAUCUCGGCCCUUUUUGGCCAUCCGAAAUCUGGAAGAACGGAGGAAUCAGCUACUGGCCGAGUCGCUAGGAAGGACCAGGCGAUAAACCAGGCCAAAUUCUGUGUCGCGUCAACAUCUUUCUUCAUGCCCGCAGGGCACCGUUAACUCCAUCUAAAUGAACAACCGAACGAGCGAGGACCGGAACGCCUACAAGCAAGAUGUUGCAGUUUUUGAAAAAGACUGGUCGAAGAAAAUCAAUCGCAGGAAGCAACGAUUCUUUGGGAACCACAGAGCAGCCUGCUAGGGGAACUGCGGAUGAUGUCAUUGAUGGCGCAAAGGCACCGGAGACCGACGAGGAGGCGCUUCGCUUCGCCGAAAGGCACUGCUUUGCGAAUAAAGAUUCGCCGCUACGCGCUUCCAAGCUUUCACGGAGGAUGAUCGACAUACUGGCCGAUCAGAGCUCUAUGUGUUACUUUGUGCAGUACCUGGAAUCACGGAAUGCGUUAUCUUUGAUCAAGUUCUGGCUGGAUGUGGAGAGUUUUAAAGCUGCUGCGGUGGAAAGCACCCGCGGAGGAACAAGGCCAUCGACGACAACUGCGACAAAUGCGGGACAGAACAGUUUGGGAGGAAGACUACAUCGGAGUGUGUCUUCCGAUGGAUACGACAGUUUGUCCUUUUUCAGCGUCGACGGUGAUUCCUUGUCCACGAACUCGUUCUCUGAGAACGCGUUCGAAGACACGCAAUCGGUGGACGAUUUGCGUGAAACGGAUUCGCGAACCUCCCAAAACUGUACACCGUUGCCACCGCCGACGCCACUGGAGGUGCUCGAAGAGGUAGAUAUCAGAGAGGAGCUGGAAUCGGCCAAUACUGGAUCGAAAAUGUUAGAAAAUACCUGUGAUAUGACCAUUAUGCGGCAAUCGUUGACGGACGAUGAGAAGAAACAAAUCUGUGAAGCAGGCAAAGCCGGCGAUGACCCACCGGCACCUGUUACUGCAGUUGCUACCAAUAACACUAACAGCCGAUGCUUCAAUUCCUUCAUCAAUUCCGAUGCGGUGCGAAUUUAUCGAAAGUAUUUGACCACCAACUCGCCACAUCAUAUCGACAUCCCGGCCACUGUACUCUCCAGCAUCUCACUCGCCCUGUGCAGUAGCAGCGGUAACUGCAAUGAACAGCUAUUUGCCGAGGCACAGCACUAUCUAUUGGAACUGUUCGAACGGAGCUACUUGAAUCCUUACCUGGAGAGUUCCUAUUACUGCAAGUACACGCUGGAAGUACUGACCGACGAGCAUCUGAAGCUGCGCGACAUUCUGGGCAGCGAGAUGGCUCUGUUCUACUUCAUGGAACAUCUUGAACAGCAGGGCAAACGCCACUACUUAGAGUUCUAUGUGGCGGCAGUCAAUUUCAGGCGUACCUUCGAAAAUUCCACCCAAGCCCAGAAGGAUGCUGUGGUCCUGUAUGAUAAAUAUUUCUCUCUUCAGGCCACGUGUUCGCUGUUGUUGAGCGAUCAAAUUCGCUUCCAACUCGAGGAACACAUUUGCUCUGCCGAUGCGAACAAUGUAGCCGACUGUUUCGAACUACCGGGACGCAUUAUUGAACUGUUUCUGGAGCAGAGGUAUUUUGCAGGAUUUCUAAAAUCACCACUUUACUGUCGCUUUAUCAGCGAGUUGCUAGGAAAGGUAAAGACCAACACAUGCAACGGUGCGAUUGGCGUUCUACCGGGAGCAAAACGCAAUACCAUGGGCACAGGGCGUGGUGGUCGGGGACACCGUAAAACGCUAUCGGAUGUAACGAGCGAUAGUAGUGGCACGUGUAACAAUGCUAUCGGUGGUCGGCGAACGAACGCGGUACCAUUCAUUUCAUCGCAAAACACUCUGCUCGCCAUGCCCGAUGCAAGCUUCCACCGUAACCGGAAACAUAUGUCCGCAUCGAACAGUAGUGGUGCGGUGGCUGGUUCUCCGGGAAGCACCGACAUGCAAAUCGAUUCCCGUCAACUGUACAAUCCCGAUUUGUUGUGGCGCCGCAACUCAACGGGAAGCGGACUCACAUUCGGGCGGGUGGAUGCGCUCGGUAGAUAUGAGCGAGACUUUGAUAUCGCCGAACCACCGGUUGGUGACGAUCGCUGGAAUCGUAACCGCCUCAAGAAGGCCGUCCGGAAGCUGGUGAACCUACCGGAGGAUAAGGCACAGGAGGAGCUUGCUUGGCAGGUGGCCGAAAUGAUUGUGAAAGACAUUACGAACGUUACCAUGAACCACAGCACGUGAUUGGCGUGCGUGUUGUGUUAGAAGUACCUAACUUUCAGCGUAACCACGACAUGCUUCCCAUGAGUAAUCAUGUUAUCUCGAAAGGUACCGACAACUCCGCUUAAGUCGGACUUUUAAAUGGUGCUUUCUAUUAGUGAAGGGGUAGUCGAGCGAGCGAAUACUAACUGAUUCUCCACGCGUUCAGAGAGACGAUUUAGCUUUAGAAGUAAUAUGAUUCCUUCGUAAAUGAAUCUUGAUUUGCGUACGCCAGGUUUACUCAUUAUUGUGCAUCACAUGGUGAUAGCAGCAAACAUACGUUAGCAAUUCUCGAAACACGGUAUCAUGUCAUUUUAUUUAUAUCGUUAAUGUUUUCUUUUAAAUUAUCAUUAAGUCGAUCGAUCAGUAUGAAAAGCGCUUCUUGUGCUUUAAGUUUCCCGUCCUGGCACACAGAGUUCAAAAUUGAGGGUUCAAAAGUACGGUACGAUCGUCCUGUGCGGCACAAAAAUAAAACACAGCACAGAAGAGCGCAAAGAACAUGGAAGCCAUAGCACGGGACGGGAAUUGAUAUUCGGCGAAUGGAAAUCCAUACGCGUAUACUCUGUAGUAUAUUGUUUUAUGUUCGAUGAUUAACAUUUUGAUCAUUUUAUAGGCUAGCUUAUUGUUCAUCUUUUAAAUGUUAGCCCAUCUACGACAGAUAUGAUGCUCGAAGUCGUUUACCCAUGUAUAACAGCGCGGGAACGCGGAACGUGCGACGUUGAGUUACUUCACUACCAAACACUGUACAAUGUCUGUAAACAUACUAGAAUAGGAAAUGAAAUAUAUUUUCUU